AUGUACUUGAAAGACCGUCGACCUGUAGUUCUGACCCACAAUCCUGCUAUUGGACUUGAAGACACAAAAUUGGGGACUGGAUAUCAGCAACCUGCAAUACGCGCUACCAAUUUACUUUACCAUGUGAUUUCUUUCUGUCAACUGCUGCGUGCCAACAAAUUAGAACCGGAUAUCUUUCACUUGAACCCACAGAAGUCCAAAACUCCUCUUUUCUACCGAACAGUGCGUCUUGUGCCCACAUCAUUGGCCACUUACGCUGCCUAUUUGUUCAAAGCCUAUCCACUGGACACAUCGCAGUACGCUAACAUGUUCAACGCGACUCGCAUUCCCGAACUUUGCAAGGAUAAGCUGUUCAGCAAGCCUUCCGCUCGCCAUGUGCUGGUCAUUCGGCAGGGGGAGAUGUACGUGUUUGACGUGCUGGACCCGAGUGGUAAUCCGAUUCCGCCUCUUCAACUGCUCACCAAUAUCCGAUUUAUCCUAUUACAACCGGCAAGUCCAAACCCCCCAAACAUGGGUGUGAUCACCACGUUACCCCGGGAUGAUGCCUUUGCUGCACGUCAACGUCUGUUGGCCCUGAAAAAUCACGACAACUUAGCAUUUAUCGAUUCGGCGUUGAUCGCAUUAGUCUUUGACGAUGAACCGCUGUCGGAUCGUAUGCGGGAUGUUUUGCUCAAUUUUCUCGCCGGACCCGCUGGUUCCAGAUGGUUCGACAAGAGUGUCAGCUUGCUGAUCGACCGCGCCGGUCGGGCCGCCAUCAAUUUCGAACACAGCUGGGGCGACGGAGUGGCAGUGGUUCGUCUUGGUGAGAAUAUCUACGAACGCUCUGAGGCCUAUCCGGUGGUCGGUCCAGAGGACUUGGCUAGCAGUCUCAUGACACCUUCUGUGCGCCGAUUGGAGUGGGUUCUCGACGAUGCAUUCAUUCAUGAUCGGCUGUUACCUGGUCGAGAAGCCUAUAACACCCGUCGCCGAGAUAUUGUUUUGCGGUAUGCGCUUCAACACAACGGUUUGUCGAAGAGUUUGUGCAAGAAAACGCAAGUCAGCCCAGAUGCUAUGAUGCAGUUGAGCUUUCAACUCGCACAUGACUUGGUGCAUGGUCGACCAGCAGCCACUUACGAAUCAUGCAGCACCGCAGCCUUCAAGCACGGACGCACCGAGACUCUUCGCUCUGCCACAGUGGAAACCCGGCGGGUUGUGGAAUUGAUGCGCUCUGAGUCAAAUAUAGUUCACUCGCUUGGCGGCGGGAGAAAACCCGCAAACAACGCUGUUUCUGAGGCCGAGUUACUGCAGGCCUUAGUUGCUUGCUCCGUCCGCCACGCACGGCUAACGAAGGAGGCCGCUAUGGGUCAGGGUUGGGAUCGCCAUUUGUUCGCUUUGCGCCAUUUUGCACAUCGACAGAAUCGAAUCGCCCUACCAGACCUAUUUCUUGAUGAUAACUAUGCCUUAAUCAACACCAUCGUUUUGUCCACCAGUACGCUCUCUGCUCCUGCAUUCUCCAUGGGAGGGUUCGCCGCAGUUCACCAUGAUGGGUAUGGAAUUGCGUACCGGAUCAAAGAAGACGAAUGUGGCUCCGUGUUCACCAGCUGGCGCAGCUCAUCUUACACCAAAGUAGGCGAAUUAGCCGACGCAUUCGUUCUCAGUGCCGGAAGGAUUGCUCGUCUCCUUCAGAAAAUUGCCCGCUAA